CAAGAUGGCUGCUCCCUGAAGACGUUCAUCUAAAUGUUGCCCCCUCGCUCGUGUCAGGCUCAGAGUUAAAGACUCGGCCUUUCUCCAACCAUGUUCUCCUUCCGAGGCUGUGGUCGCUGGGUCGCGGCUUCACUCACCAAACAGCACCAUCCGUCUUCCCGGUUCAGCGGUGACAGCGCGGCGCCCUGGACUCCGCACUUCGACGUGGUAGUCAUCGGCGGAGGACAUGCGGGGACCGAAGCCGCUGCCGCCGCCGCUCGGUGCGGCUCCCGGACUCUGCUGCUCACGCACCGAGUGGACACCAUCGGUCAGAUGUCCUGUAAUCCUUCCUUUGGUGGCAUUGGAAAGGGGCAUUUAAUGAGAGAAGUUGAUGCCUUGGAUGGCCUGUGUUCUCGAAUCUGUGACCAGUCUGGUGUACAUUACAAAGUAUUAAACCGGCGCAAGGGACCAGCUGUUUGGGGUCUGAGAGCUCAAAUUGAUAGGAAACUUUAUAAACAGAACAUGCAGAAAGAAAUCCUAAAUACACCGCUGCUUACUGUUCAGGAGGGAGCGGUAGAAGAUCUCAUUCUUACAGAACCAGAGCCUGAGCACACUGGGAAAUAUCGCGUCAGUGGUGUUGUUUUGGUGGAUGGAAGUACAGUGUAUGCGGAGAGUGUGGUUCUAACUACUGGGACGUUUCUGAGAGGCAUGAUUGUAAUUGGAUUGGAGAUGCAUCCAGCAGGACGUUUAGGGGAUCAGCCUUCCAUAGGGUUGGCUCAGACUCUGGAGAAGUUGGGGUUUGUGGUGGGAAGAUUGAAGACUGGGACUCCGCCCCGGAUCGCCAAAGAAUCCAUUAAUUUCAGCAUUCUAAACAAGCAGACACCAGAUAAUCCAUCCAUACCAUUCAGCUUUAUCAAUGAGACAGUGUGGAUCAAGCCAGAAGAUCAGCUGCCAUGUUACUUGACUCACACCAACCCUCAAGUGGAUGAGAUUGUCCUUGAGAACCUUCAUCUUAACUGUCACGUUAAGGAAACUACAAAAGGACCCCGAUACUGUCCCUCCAUUGAAUCAAAGGUUUUGCGUUUUCCAAACCGUCUGCAUCAGGUUUGGUUGGAACCUGAAGGAAUGGAUUCUGACCUUAUCUACCCGCAAGGGUUAUCUGUGACACUGCCAGCUGAAUUACAAGAGAAAAUGAUCACAUGCAUCAGAGGCUUGGAGAAAGCUAAAAUGAUUCAGCCAGGCUAUGGUGUUCAGUAUGAUUACUUGGACCCCCGUCAGAUCACUCCUUCUCUCGAGACUCAUUUGGUGCAGCGGCUCUUCUUUGCUGGACAGAUAAAUGGCACUACUGGUUAUGAGGAAGCUGCAGCUCAAGGUGUGAUAGCUGGAAUCAAUGCAAGUCUUCGGGUCAGACACAAGCCUCCUUUUGUCAUUAGCCGAACAGAAGGCUACAUAGGAGUCUUGAUUGAUGACCUCACCACGCUGGGUACCAACGAACCAUACCGCAUGUUUACCAGCCGAGCUGAGUUCCGCUUGUCACUGCGUCCUGAUAACGCCGACAGCAGGCUCACGUUCCGAGGGUACAAGGAAGCUGGUUGUGUGUCCCAACAACGAUAUGAAAGAGCUACUUGGAUGAAGUCUUCUUUAGAAGAAGGCAUUUCUGUGCUAAAAUCCAUUGAGUUUCCAAGUUCUAAAUGGAAAAACUUAAUCCCAGAGGCUUCUAUAAGUAUUGGUAAAAGUCUGCCUCUCAGAGCUCUCGAUGUUCUGAAGUAUGAGGAAGUUGACAUAGAGUUGUUGGCCAAGGCUGUUCCAGAGCCCUUGAGGAAGUACACCAAAUGUAGAGAACUAGCCGAAAGACUGAAAAUAGAAGCCACAUAUGAAUCAGUAUUGUUCCAUCAGCAACAAGAAAUAAAGGAAGUUCAGCGAGAUGAAGCUCUCCAACUGCCAAAAGACCUAGAUUAUUUGACUCUCAGGGAUGUGUCUUUGUCCCAUGAAGUUCGAGAGAAGCUACAUUUCAGUCGCCCACAGACGAUUGGGGCUGCCAGUCGUAUACCUGGAGUGACACCUGCUGCCAUCAUCAAUCUGCUCAGAUUUGUGAAGACCACUCAGCAAAGACAGGCAGCUAUGGACAGAUUGCCCAAAACUGAUCAACAUUUAUGUAACACAGACAAACUUGAAGAUAGGCAGUUAUAGCUUUCUAUUCAUAGAAGACUUUUAAUCAAUACAAGAGUAUAGAUAGGAGAUAAGAUGUAUUUUUUUUUAGCUUACUAUUAGUAACAAAGUUUAUUUAGCUAAUUAAAUCCAAUCUAAUCUUAA